AUGGCGAGCAGAAUCACGCCCUUCCUCGUCCGCUCCGGCAUCCGCUGCGCCUCGCGCGCCGCCCGGCCUCAGGCCCGCGCAUUCUCCCUCACAGCCAGCCGGCCCAGCGACACUCUCCAAGUGCACCGAAACACACCCGACAACAACCCCGACCUGCCCUUCAAGUUCAACGCCCAGAACGAGAAGCUCAUCGCCGAGAUCCUCAAGCGCUACCCGCCCCAGUACAAAAAGGCCGCCGUCAUGCCCCUGCUCGACCUCGGCCAGCGCCAGCACGGCUUCACCAGCAUCAGCGUCAUGAACGAGGUCGCCCGCCUGCUCGAGAUGCCCCCCAUGCGCGUCUACGAGGUCGCCUCCUUCUACACAAUGUACAACCGCACGCCCGUGGGCAAGUUUUUCGUCCAGGCUUGCACGACGACCCCCUGCCAACUCGGCGGCUGCGGCUCCGACGCCAUCGUCAAGGCAAUCUCCUCCCACCUCGGCAUCAAGCAGGGCGAGACCACAAAGGACGGCCUCUUCACCUUCAUCGAGGUCGAGUGCCUCGGCGCCUGCGUCAACGCCCCCAUGAUCCAGAUCAACGACGACUACUACGAGGACCUCACCCCCGAGACCGUCGUCAAGCUGCUCGACGACCUCAAGGCCUCCGCCGCCACCGCCGACAAGACCGGCAAGCCCGCCAAGAUGCCCGUCGCCGGCCCCCUCACGGGUCGCAAGUCGUGCGAGAACAGCGCCGGGUUGACGAAUUUGACAUCAGAGCCGUGGGGAGCGGAGAAGACGAGGUCGGAUUUGUAA